CACAGGAAAACAGUUUUAUGUACAGUACAUAGUAUAGUAUAGUAUACGUACAUGUAGUCUAUAGUAUAAUUUUUAUAGUCUUGUGUUGCUGGUCUAUUUGCAAUGGAUGCUCAGAGGCAGGAGUCCAGUGUUCCCUUACCAAGGAGCUAUAGUACUGGCUUCAGACCCUCCAAUAGAUACGAGACCGUCGACCCUUACAGACCAUAUGAAGUAAUGGUCCCGGCUUCUAUUGCUAUGACAACCAGCCAAUCGCCUUCCCUAGUUCAAAGUCCAAUGUAUGCUGGAGGAAGUGCUGCAAUGUCUCCACCGCCCACACCACUACCUAGGGGAGGUCAUGUGAUGUUAAGCCCCUCCCACUAUGAAGGUGGUGAUAUGACACGAGAGAAUCAUGAGCUAAAGAUGAGUGUACACGAGAAGGAGAAGGAGAUCGCUAAACUCACACACAGCCUGGACGAGAGCCACUCCUACAUUAAACAACUCAACCUGAUGCUCAGUGAAAAGAAAGAGGCAAUUCUAAGAUAUCAGGAGCAGAUAUCAGAUCUCCAAGCAGAAGUGGGCGAGGCACGACACUCAUCACACUCCUCUGUACCGACCCCCAGCAUUGAUCCAGCCCUUCGCCAUCAGUUGCAGCAGCUUCGUACGCAACUCAGCACCUCCGAGCAACAACGAACAGAACUGUCUCGAAACAACGCUCAACUGCAAGUACAAAUAUCACAGCGUGAUUCCAGCCAGAGCUACAACCUCGAGGGUGUCAGAGCCGAGGCUGCUCAGAUGAGGGGGGAGAAUCAGCGACUGAUGUCACGAGUAGGAGUGCUGAAUCAUCAGGUGUCCACGUACAACGAGGACUUCCAGAGUGAGCGUGUGGACAGGGAGAGAGCGCAGGAGAGCAUCAUUAAACUAAAGGACACCAACGAAACACUGCACCAGUUCAUACAAAUGAUGGCUCAGGAACAUAACAUUCGACUGGAAAACUAUGGCUUCGGAGAACUGGCCAAUCACGGCCCUCGCUAGCUUGAACUGUGGUUAUAAUUAUAUAUAGUACUUAGCAUCAGUGUUUUGGUUUUUCAGUUUAUGCAGUUUUGUUUCAUUAUGAUCUCAUAAUCAUAAUGCUUAUCUACUUCGUGCAUUGAUCUAUUACGUAUAAUGUAACAAUGCAGUGUUUUCCAUUGAGCCGUCUAUUAUACUA